AUGGUAUCCACUGCAAACACAGUAUACGUCGUGACAGGUGCAAAUAGAGGCCUCGGUCUCGGACUGACCAAACGGCUACUCGAACGCCCUGCUACUACCGUCGUGGCCUCAGUGCGCAACAAGGACGCAGCCAUAAGCCUUAGGUCAGCCGUUGAAGGUGUUUUUGUGGGCAAAAAUAGUGUUAUUUACAUCAUCGAACUGGACUUUUCCACUGCGAUAUCCCCCGAAGAGAUUGCACAGGUCUUUUCCGCAAGAGUCAGUACAGUGACGCAUGUCGAUGUGCUCAUCUGCAAUGCCGGAUUUGCAACGCCUAUGACCCCGGCCUUACUGACUUCGGCGGAAGAUCUUCGUCAAGCAUUUGAAGUCAACACCAUCGCCCCACUCCUUGUGUUCCAGGCCUUUUGGCCAUUUAUGCAGAAAUCGGAUGCUGCGCCCAAGCUCGUGGUCAUCUCCUCCUCCGUCGGUUCAAUUUCUGGCCAAGAGCCUGUUCCAGGUGGGGCAUAUGGUCCCAGUAAAGCAGCCUCAAACUGGCUUACCAAGGCUCUUCAUGGUGAAAAUGAGAAAGAUGGCUUGGUUGCCUUCGCUCUGCAUCCUGGCUGGGUGCAGACGCGCGCGGGGGAUUUUGUUGCAAAAGAGUGGGGAUAUUCUGGUGAUCCACUGGUGACUGUUGAAGAUAGUGUUAAUGGAAUGCUUGGUGUUAUCGACAGUGCUACAAGGCAAAAUGUGUCGGGAAAGUUCGUAUCGCAAACUGGAGAUAUUUUGCCAUGGUAG